AUGACUUUCUACCACACCGCUGAGGACAUUCGCAUCGAGGACAACCAUGUGUUGAAGGCUCGUCUCCAGACCGCCGAAGGCGAGUGGAAUGACGCCGAGAUCGACCUCAACACCUGCAUCGGCAACGACAACGGCAACUUCCACUGGGAUGGCGAGGGCUUUGCCAACUCUGCCGAGAACAUCGAGUUCGCACUUGAGGGAGAUGGCGACGUGCCCGUCCUCCGUGCCACCCUCUUCGACGCUGAUGGCAACCCCGAGACUCGCGACAUCAACUUGGGCGAGCGCAUCGUCAACAACGACGGCAACUUCCACUACGUUCUUGUGUCACUAGACAACGAGCCGAACGCACAAAAUAUCUGCUACUCAGCAUUUACUCGUACUCGCAUCGCUAAGUUCGUCGACAUCGUUCGCAGCGACGCCAGUCCAAUCUUGGACCUCAUCCCCUCAUACAACACCCUCGAGUUUGACUACAACGCGACCGAAAACACCGUCGCACUGCGUAUGGGCGAAUAUGGCGACAGCGAAAUCCUAGCCCAUCCCAACGGCCCCGUAUCCAAGCGCGUAGUCCGCGACUCUGAGAUCCGCAAAGCAGGUACCGUCUUGGAAGUCAACAGGCCGAUGAGUGGUCAGUUCAAAGCCGUCGCGCCGUUUGGCUGGAGCGAGACUAUGCUGCAAGGUGUUACCACGCCGAUGAGCGCGCCGGCACAUGCGCUUGUGCUGAUGUACAUGCAUAUCUGGGUUCUUAAGACAAACAAGGGAGAUGUUGAGUUGCCUAUACCGAGGUAUCAGAGUUUGUAUGAUGCACUAGUUUUGAUUCGAAACGCGCUGGAUACGGAGUUGGUAUUGCCGGUUGGGCAGCGCAAGGUUCCCGCGGAGGUGUUGGCCGCCUAUCAGAAUGAUGCUGUGGAUGGGCAGCCAGUCGAGAAAGAAGAUGUUGAAGAUAAAUAA